AUGGCGUCCAGCCCGCUGCCGGGGCCAGCCGACAUCCUGCUGGCGUCGCCGGCCGGCGCCUUCCAGCCCGACGCGCUGAGCCAGCCGCGGCCCGGCCACGCCGGCCUCAAGCCCAACCAGGUGGGCCAGGUGGUGCUCUACGGCGUCCCCAUCGUGUCGCUGGUCAUCGACGGCCAGGAGCGCCUGUGCCUGGCGCAGAUCUCCAACACGCUGCUUAAGAACUUCAGCUACAACGAGAUCCACAACCGGCGUGUGGCGCUGGGCAUCACGUGCGUGCAGUGCACGCCGGUGCAGCUGGAGAUCCUGCGGCGCGCGGGCGCCAUGCCCAUCUCGUCGCGCCGCUGCGGCAUGAUCACCAAGCGCGAGGCCGAGCGCCUGUGCAAGUCGUUCCUGGGCGAGAACCGGCCGCCCAAGCUGCCCGACAACUUCGCGUUCGACGUGUCGCACGAGUGCGCCUGGGGCUGCCGCGGCAGCUUCAUCCCGGCGCGCUACAACAGCUCGCGCGCCAAGUGCAUCAAGUGCGGCUACUGCAGCAUGUACUUCUCGCCCAACAAGUUCAUCUUCCACUCGCACCGCACGCCCGACGCCAAGUACACGCAGCCCGACGCCGCCAACUUCAACUCGUGGCGCCGCCACCUCAAGCUCACGGACAAGAGCCCCCAGGACGAGCUGGUCUUCGCCUGGGAGGACGUCAAGGCCAUGUUCAACGGCGGCAGCCGCUUCCCUCCCUCCCCGGGGCGGGCCGUGGGCCUCCUCCGUGAGCAGGGCGUUUCCGGCCUCUGGCCUAGAGGGCCUUUCGGCGGCUCCGAGGCCUCCUUGCCCUCGGGGUCCAGGGUGGCUCUGACAAGAGCAAGGAGCAUAGCUUUUUCCUCACAGACGCGGAUGCUUCUGGAGACUUCUGGAGAGAAAGAGCAGGUGUAA